AUGGGUAACCAACGCGCUCGGUCCCGCGGUCUCCGCCACGGUACCCGUAACCUCUUCUCCCGCGGUCACCGUGAGCACGGUACGUUGAACACCACGACGUACCUGCGCACGUUCCGUGUCGGUGACUAUGUCGACAUCAAGGUGAACUCGGCGCAACAAAAGGGUAUGCCGUACUUGCAGUACCAAGGCAGAACGGGUCAAGUGUGGAACGUGACGCCGCGCGCGGUGGGUGUGGAGAUCAACAAGCAGAUCGGCGGUCGCAUUGCUCGUAAGCGCAUCCACGUGCGCAUCGAGCACGUGCAACACUCUCGAUGCCGUGAGGAUUUCAUCGCUCGUCGCGAAGCGAACGACAAGGCGCACCACGAGGCUCACUUGGCUGGCAAGAAGAUCACGACGAAGCGUGAGGUCACGGGCCAACCGCGUACGGGUUUCACCCUCGAGAACGUCAAGUCGGAGCUCUUGACGCCGAUCCCGUACGACAUCUUGCGUGAAGGCAUGAAGUACUAA